UGUGGUUGAUGGAAACAGACCCUAACGCCAUAAAGUUUUCCGCUUUAUUCAGCGCAUUCCAUUGUUUUUUUUUCUUCACAAAAACGUAAAGACAAAUGAUUUCUUUGUUUAAUGAUCAGUGUCGGUCACCAGUGAAGUGAGAAAAUUGGUCGACCACUCUCGUUUUGAGUGAUAAAAAUAUUGGACGAGUGAUUGAAUAGUUGAUUAGUGAACAGGACAAAGCUAACCCAUAAACAGACUAACACAAUGGCUGCAGCAGCGGCUGCCGCACUCCUUGAUGAGUUGAUGGGAAGGAACCGAAAUGUCCUUCCUAAUGAGAAGCCUAAGGAGCUAAACUGGGAGGAUCCUGAGUUUUGCAAGCUCUACCUGGUGAAAUUCUGUCCGCACGAUUUAUUUGUAAAUACUAGAGCAGACCUCGGAGCCUGUGUCCACGUUCAUGAUGACGAGGCUCGAGAUUUAUUCGAGAAAGCCGCCUAUUCGUACCGAAAACAACAGUACGAGGAUGAAUUCAUUCGUUUCUGCCAGAGUAUGCUCAGUGAGGUUGAGAGGAAAAUCGUCAAAGGAAAGCAACGACUUGCAUUAAUCGGCAAGACCGAGGCACCCACUUUGACGCCAGCACAGACCCAGAGGAAUGAGGAGCAGAUAGCUCUUUUGACUGAGAAAAUCAAUAAACUAGUGGAAGAGGCUGAACAAAGUGGCAUCCAGGGGAAUGUUGAACAAGCGCAGGGACUCAUGAGACUUUGUGAUCAGCUGAAGGAGGAACGAGAGACUUUGAGGAAAUCUAAUGAUAAUAGUCACUAUAAUCAGACAGCAGAACUAGCAGCUGCACAGGAGAAACAAAUGGAAGUAUGUGAUGUUUGUGGAGCAUUCCUAAUUGUUGGUGACGCCCAACAACGUAUAGACGAUCACUUAAUGGGGAAGCAACACGUUGGAUACGCUAGACUCAAAAGUGCCCUUCAAGAAAUAAUGACGAAAAGAGAAAGAGCCAGAGAUGAAAAAGAACAAAAGAGAGAUGAAGACAGAAAACAGAGGGCUCGAGCCAAUGAAGAAAUUGAGCGGAAGAGGCGAGAGAGCGAGAGGGAGAGGGACCGCGAUCGCGACAGGGACAAGCGCCGUCGACGUGACGACGAUAAAGUUCGUCAUGAUUUCCAUAGGAAUGUUGGACACAGAAGUCGAAGCAAAUCGCGUGACCGUCACGAACGUCACAGAGAAGAAGAGAACUACAGACGGCACAACAGAGAUAAGGGAGCUCGUGACCACCGAAAUUCCAAUAGUCACGGCCGCCGUCGUCAUCGAUCCAGAAGUCGGAGUCACAAGUAACAACUCUUGAUUGGUUAGUGAGUGAGGAGUGAUCCAGGUAUGCACUAGAAAAACAUUUGAUAUUAACGUGUCAAUUACUGUACAGGUAUUCCACCAGGUGAGUUUAACUAGUAAUGCACAUAAAUGUCAAUUAUUUACAUGUCUGCUACCUAAAAUAUUAAUAAUGAAAAGAAAUCCAAUGAAACACCCGAUGUAAAUAGCGUCAAACGUGAGUCUAACGUUUCUCAUCUUCGUUUUUGCGACACGAGUUGAAGGCAAUUAUGUUAAAGAAUAAUUCGAAAAGAUAUUAUGGUACGCACAAGAGUCAACAGAAUUGCAAAAAUGAUGAAAAGACGGCAAAAUUAUGGUAAAUGUUAUAGAUAGUUUUUUUUAUAACAGAGCAAGUUGGGAGAAGGUAUACCUGCACUUGCUUUGAUUAGGAAUAUUAAUUGAUUAAGAAAAAGUCAAAACUCAAGCCAGCGAAAAUUAUUGGGUGUAAAUUACGACUGAAACUCCAUAGAUUCUGUUUGUUUGUAUUAUUUUAUUUAUCCUUAAAACGUGAAGGAAUAAAAGUUAGUGGUUUAGUGAAGGAAUCAGUGACUACUACCUGUAGCACCUGCAACGACAGUGUCCUGUGUGACUGUGACUAUACAAUCCUAGCUUCUGCCUACAGAUUAAUGAGGUAUUUAUGUCGGAAUGAUGAUGCCAAAACAAUGUUUUAUGAAAUUGAGGGGAAAUUUUGUUAAUCGUCGAAUAAUUAUUCUUUUAAUUUGCCACUUGUGAAUUGACAAGCGGCUCAAUUUGUCAAAUAUCAUUGACGAAAUAAAUUUUAUGCGCUACACAUUAAUGAUCAUUGUAAUUGGUGACGGUUUAACCGAUCAUUUUUUUUUCCUCAGAUUAAUAGAGCCCCAAAUAGUGUGCGAUAAAUUUUUCCUUACGUUAAUUUAAGGCAUCAGUGUGUAUUUUUUUAAUACAAUGCAUACACUUAAUGAUUAUGAAGUAUCCUGUACUAAUCGAGCAAUUUACACCGUGGAAUUACAAAUGAAUUGUCUAUUUUCAGAGUGUUUGGCGAGGGGAGGACUUGAUGAUGAACAUCACUAUGUGAUAACUCAAAAAUCCAGCUUAAUGUACCCCUUUGAGGUAAAGAUAUUGCAUAAUUUUAAACAGAAAACGUUUAAUGUAAUUAAACAAUCGUGAUUAAUUUCCAUGGAAUUCUGCAAUCAACGGUCUAAUAUACCAGAUCUGUAGACACAUAUUUGCGCCACAAAUUCAAUAGUCUGAAUGAUUUUCAAUUAUUGAAAAUUCAUUGUUAAUUUAUUUGGCCAUUGAAUAUGGAUUAGCAACUGUUCUCUAUCGAAAUGAUGAAGAAAUUAUACAAUUGUUACAUUUAGACUGUCUAUUGCGUCGCAAUAAAUCUUUGACACAA